AUGGGGCUUCCUAGCUCGUGUAAUCCCCAUUUAGCGCCUCUUUCUCUCACAGAGCGUUUCCAGAGGAGUGAAUCUGUUCAUCUUCAUCACAGCGGUUCGAUGAUCACCGACGAAAUUCGCUUCAGUAUUAUCGAUGCUGUCUAUCUACGACCUGGCAUCUGGGACUGUCAGAGAGAGAAAACUGUUGGUCCUUCAAGGAAAGAACUUUUUGUAGAAGUCACAAAUUUGAUAAAUCAACAGAAUCAGCUCGAUCCAGAGCUCACGCGUGAGUGGUUUCUUCUAUUUACUUUAUUAACCUUUGUAAACCCGUUAGGGGUAUACCAUUCUGUAUUUGCCGUUGUUGUGCUUACUUGUAGCUGUCAUACAAUAACGACACACUCCAUGCCGGUGACUCCGAAAUGGAAAUUCUACAGUUCGCUAAUGUUUUUGGAUGAUUUGUUCAGUGUUCAUAGGAAUGUCACAAAACGAAGAAUUGAUGAAGUGUCAGGAUCCUCUCAGAAUGCAAUCGUUCAUGCGAAACGCAUACCACCGCCGCCAUCAGAAGAUGCCGAAGAUGAGGACGAAUAUAUGGCGUUCUGUGAGUUCAGCGCAUCAGAAGCUGCGUUUAUAGCUUGCGACACUUGA